CGAACUGUGACAAAAUUUAUGUUUCGUACAUGAUCGACGCAGGAUUUAGAGAACAGUUUUAUUUUGACAUGCCAUUUCCUUUCGAACGAUACGUAUGACGAACGAUAAAAGAUAAUAACCAAAAUUUACAUUCAACGAGUAAUUGAGAACAGAUGGUUUAUCAACGUGGAAAUCAGAGGGAUGGUUCCCCACAUUAUGUCUUUUUAUACUCUGAUGAUGAAAACAGUGGAGAUGAAGACAAUAUACCUCUACAACAACGUAAUAGAUCUACAUCAUUGCCACGUAAAGUGGAAGUGAUAAAUGUUCUAUUGAAAUCAGAGGAUACAUUGCAAGCUUUGGCAUUGCGGUACAGAUGCACGAUCUCUGAAUUGAAGAGGAUAAACAAGAUUCACAAAGAAAAUGAAAUACAUGCAAGACGCUUUAUUAAAGUACCUAUUCAACCAUUUUCUAUAUUGACUGAGACAUUAGAACAGAAUCAAAGUGUGAAACAGGCAGGCCAAAGUGAAGUAAGUAUAUCUACUGGUGAAGAAAUAGAAAAUGCAAUGAUGAAAGGCCCAUUAUUAGAUCUGAUGAAAAAUCCAGUUACAACUGAAUUGCCAAAGGCUGAGAUUAAUACAAUUAUAUUAAAUUCAGUUUGUGAACCCUUGUCAUCUUACAACAACAGUAAUUCUUUAGAAAUUACCAGUUCAGAGUGUGAUCAAUUGCUUACCUCAGUAGAGAAUAAAACAAACAACUCUCAUUUGACAGAUUCAUUUAAAUGUUCUGGAGAUGACUGUGGAUUAUCAUGGACUCAGCUCCUUGGAUUUUCCUUAUUAUUAGGUUUUGCAGGUCCUAUUAUAUAUAUACUUUACAUUGCUGAAUUUUCUUCUAAAAAUCAUUCAAUUGCUAAUCAUUAG